ACCCAAAAAAAAAAAAAAAAAAACCAACAAAACCCUGUUACCCGGAGUAGUAAUAGCUAUAGCGUACGAGUCUUCACUCUCUGUUUACUCUCAAAUCUCUGUCACCUCCCUCUCUCUCUGUUUCCGUUAACCAUUUUUCGCUUCAGCUUUUUUCAAGCUCCGCUAAAUAUAGCAAAUCUUUUUGCUAAAUCUUAAGACUAGAUUUCAUCAAACUCAGUCUUCACGUUACAGAUAAUAAGCAUAAUCCACUCUAAUUUUCCGCGCACACACACUCUGCUCUCUCUCUCUCUCUCUGUUUUUUUUUUUUUUUUUUUUCUUCACAAUCUGAGAGACCUUGUUGGUUUCUAAGUUUUAGGGUUUGGCUGAGUGUGACUGAAAAAAAAAAAAAAAAAAGAAAAAAAAAAAAAGCAAAAGCUAUGAGGUUGAAGGAGGAAAUGAGUUGUAGAAACGAGGAUGAGAGAGAGGAAUUCUCGGAGCAAAAUUUGAAUCACCAGCCUCUAUUUUUCACUACACCAACGCUAGAGCCUGGGUUUCCUCUACAGGGAAAACCAGUGGUGGUUGGUUACGCUCUUACGUCUAAGAAGACUAAGAGCUUCUUGCAACCCAAGCUUAAAGAUCAGGCUAGGAUUAAGGGGAUAUUCUUUGUUGCUAUUGAUCAAAGCAAGCCACUUUCAGAUCAAGGUCCUUUUGAUGUUGUGAUGCAUAAGCUAUUAGGAAAAGAGUGGCGCCAGAUUAUCGAGGACUAUAGGCAAACACAUCCAGAAGUAACAGUUCUUGAUCCUCCAGAUGCCAUACAGCAUUUACGCAAUCGCCAAUUCAUGCUCCAGGCUGUUGCUGAUCUGAACUUGUCUGACUCUUAUGGCAAAGUUGGUGUUCCCAGGCAAUUGGUUAUCAAGAAAGAUGCAUCAUCCAUCCCUGAUGCAGUUACCAAAUCUGGGCUGAUAUUACCUCUUGUUGCAAAGCCAUUAAUUGCUGAUGGAAGUGCUAAGUCACAUGAAUUAUCACUCGCUUUUGAUCAAAAAUCCCUUCAAAAACUUGAACCUCCACUUGUUCUGCAGGAGUUUGUUAACCACGGAGGUGUUCUCUUUAAGGUAUAUAUUGUUGGUGAAACUAUAAAGGUGGUCAGACGUUUUUCUUUACCUGAUGAUGUCUGCAAAAGGGAGCUCUCCAAAAAUGCAGGUGUCUAUCAUGUUCCAAGGGUUUCUUGUGCUGCAGCUUCAGCAGAUGAUGCAAAUCUGGACCCUCGUGUUGCUGAGCUUCCUCCACGACCUUUGCUCGAGAAACUUGCAAAGGAACUUCGCCAUCGACUGGGUCUACGACUCUUCAACCUGGAUAUUAUCCGAGAGCAUGGUAGCAGAGAUCGUUUCUAUGUCAUUGACAUUAAUUAUUUCCCUGGGUAUGGAAAGAUGCCAGGGUAUGAGCACAUAUUCACAGAUUUCCUUCUGAACCUAGUUCAAGGCAAGUACAAGAAGAGGUCAUGCUAGAAACUGUUGCUGGCUCAAUAAGUAUAUCAUUGCACCUCCAUUAGUAUCUGCAGAAGAAAGUGGCAAUACUGCACAGAAUUGCCAUAUCACCUCAAUAACUCGCUGGUGGACAGGAUUUGGAUCCUCCAUUUCCAAGUGAAAUUGAGUGUCCGUUUAAUGGCUAUGAUUUAAAUUGGAGUAAAUUUAGGGCCUAGAUUGUGAUAACUCAUCUAAAAAGAUAUAACUCUAGUUUAGUUUAACCAUAAUUAAAUUUAACCACACAAUUUAGACCCUAGAUUUACUCCACUUUAAAUCAUGACCCUUAAAAUGGACACGGAGUUUUAUGGCAUUUAGCAUCAAUUUUCUAACAAUUUUUUUAGUUGUCAAGUUUACAAAACUAUGUAGCAAACUAGCAUCUCAAUGCUUACAAACUCGAUUUCAACUAUGAAACUCGAUUCUUAGCCACUCGAGUUCUUUCUCUUCUAUAGAUCCCACAUUCAAGUUCUCUCUCUUCUUCCUGCUUCUUCAGAUCCACUCUCUUUGUUCCUUAAGAUCUUCUCUUCUUCUUCUCCACAUUCCUACUUCUCCGGUUCUUCUUCUUCUUCUUCUUCCUCCAAAUCUACAUUCUCUCUUCUUUUCUUCAUCUUCUUCCUUCAAAUCCACGUUCUUCUCCAAUUCUUCAAAUCCUUCUUGGAACUCAAGUCUUGAAGGCUCGAGUUUUGUCACCAAACUUGAGUCUCAAAGACUCGGGAUGCUAGUUUACAAAAUUAUUUCAAAAACUUGACAACUAACGAAAUUGUUAGAAAAUUGAUUCUAAAUGCCCAAAAAAAAAAACCAAA